AUGGUGUCACAUCGCCUAAAUACCUACAAGUUGUUUAGAAAUUUACAUCUGUUCACAAAACACAUAGUUCCCCAAUCUCGGAGCUGGGGAACUGUUUUGAAAGAUUGGGUUCUUUUACGAGAAAAUGUGCCUAAAGGAUUUGAAAAGUAUUUUCCUGGGGGUAAAAAGAAACCACCCAAAGAUGCUCCCAGUGGACAAAAGAAAACUCCAUCAAGUGAUGCUCAAAAAGGAUCUCCACCAUUCAGGAGUCAAGGAAGUGAUAAAAAAAUAGAAUUUUCAUUCAGUUUUGGGAAGGGUAGCCGAGGACCUUUCCUUGAUCCGAAUGAUCCAAACAGCAAAGUGCUACUAGGAAUAUUGACUGGUAUUGGAUUAGUAGGCUUGGUUGGACUGUACCAAACUCAGUACAGAGAAAUCACAUGGAAAGAAUUUCUUUCACUCUACUUGACAAGAAAUAUUGUGGAGAAAUUAGAAGUAAUAAAUAAGAAAUGGGUACGGGUCAAAUUGUUGUCGGGUUCACAGGUAGACAGUUCGAGUAUAAUUUGGUUUAACAUUGGAAGUGUUGAGGCCUUUGAAAGAAACUUGGAAAAUGCCCAGCUUGAAAUGCACAUUGAACCAGCAAAUUUUGUCAAUGUUGUCUACAAAUCUGAAACAGAAUUAGCAUCUGUUGCAUAUUCUGCUAUUAAUAUCAUCUUGCCCAUAGCAAUACUUGUGUGGAUCAUACGUAGAUCUUCCAAUAUGUUACAGGGUGGACGCCCUGGUGGUCGUAGUGGUGGAGGUGGCAUGUUUGGCUUUGGACAAACCACAGCAAAGAUCAUGAAAGAUGAUAUUGGAGUGGAGUUCAAAGAUGUUGCUGGAUGUGAAGAGGCUAAAGUAGAAAUUAUGGAAUUUGUAAAUUUCUUGAAAAACCCCCAGCAAUACAUUGAUUUAGGAGCUAAAAUUCCAAAAGGUGCCAUCUUGACUGGGCCUCCAGGAACUGGAAAAACUUUACUUGCCAAAGCAACUGCUGGAGAAGCACAUGUUCCAUUUAUUACUGUUUCUGGUUCAGAAUUCCUUGAAAUGUUUGUUGGUGUAGGGCCAUCUCGAGUAAGAGACAUGUUUUCACUUGCACGGAAAAAUGCUCCUUGUAUCUUAUUUAUUGAUGAAAUUGAUGCUGUUGGGCGGAAACGAGGUGGCCGUAGCUUUGGAGGUCACAGUGAACAAGAAAACACCUUAAAUCAACUUCUAGUAGAAAUGGAUGGCUUCAAUACUCAAAGUGGUGUAGUUGUAUUAGCUGCCACAAAUCGUGUGGACAUCCUUGACCCAGCCCUCCUCCGUCCAGGCAGAUUUGACAGACAGAUAUUUGUGCCAGCUCCAGAUAUAAAAGGCAGAGCUUCAAUAUUCAAGGUGCAUUUGAAAAAUCUCAAGACUGACCUUGAUAAGGAGGGAGUGUCAAGAAAAAUGGCUUCAUUAACACCAGGAUUUUCAGGUGCAGAUAUCGCCAAUGUUUGUAAUGAAGCAGCCUUAAUUGCUGCCAGAGAUCUGAAUGCUUCAAUUUUAUGGAAACAUUUUGAACAAGCCAUUGAACGGGUCAUUGCAGGCAUGGAAAAGAAAACACAAGUCUUGCAACCUGAAGAAAAAAAAACUGUAGCUUAUCAUGAAGCUGGUCAUGCAAUUGCUGGUUGGUACCUUGAACAUGCUGAUCCUAUAUUAAAGGUUUCUAUCAUUCCUAGAGGUAAAGGACUUGGAUAUGCCCAGUACCUUCCCAGGGAACAAUAUCUUUACAGUAAAGAACAGCUUUUAGAUCGUAUGUGUAUGACACUAGGAGGCCGAGUAGCAGAGGAAAUUUUCUUUGGUAAAAUCACAACUGGAGCUCAGGAUGAUCUCAAGAAAGUAACACAAAAUGCAUAUGCUCAGGUUGUUCACUAUGGUAUGAACAAACGCGUUGGCUAUCUGUCAUUUGACAUGCCUCAACAAGGAGACAUGGUCUUUGAUAAGCCCUACAGUGAACAAACAGCACAGGUCAUUGAUGAGGAAGUUCGUAAGAUUAUAGAAGAUGCAUAUCAGAGAACACUGGAUUUAUUAACAAAAUACAAAAAUGAUGUUGAAAAGGUAGCAAAAUUGUUGUUAGAAAAGGAAAAAUUAGAUAAAGAUGAUAUGAUUACUCUGCUUGGACCACGUCCAUUUGCAGAGAAAACAACAUAUGAAGAAUUUGUAGCUGGCACAGGUUCCCUUGAUGAAGAUACAACAUUGCCAAAGGGCCUGGAGAGCUGGAAUAGGGAGCGUGAAGAAGCGGAUAAUAAAGAACAAGAGUCUAAAAUGAGGGGGGCUAUCUAUCUAUCUAUCUAUCUAUCAAUCAAUCACAUGACACAGAGUUUGGUUAGACAGAGGUAUACUGUCUGGAGUGAGAUGAAAGCUGAGAGAUUUCAAAUGAAGUCAAUGACUGGAAUGGAUAUACCUGAUUUUUAA